CAUGGCAAAUGCAACGAUAAUAUAUUGUGGUCGUGGGUUUGGUUUCGCACUCACACGCAACAACAACAACAUGCUAAGAUCGCUGCCAAAGCUCUCGUUCCUCUUCUCCCCAACCAGGAAUCCCCAUUAUCUUGCAAAUGGGCAGCGUUUUAUAUCUUCUGUGAGAACAAUUAGAAGAACAGCUUCAAGAGUCAAGAUUGGAGUGACUACCCCUGUUCCUAUUCGAUCCAUGUCAACCUCAACAACUUCUUCACUAACUGCAGCAGAAAUGAUUGCAGAAAAUCAUGUCCAGCAGGCUAAACUUCUAACAUCAACCAAUGAUGAUUAUGGUGGUGUUAUUGUGGAACUGGAUCAGCCUAUGGAUUCUACAACAUUUGUCUCGAUUCUUAGAGCAUCAAUUUCUCACUGGAAGCAGCUGGGCAAGAAGGGCGUUUGGAUAAAAUUACCUAUUCAUCUAGUCAGUCUUGUUGAAGCUCUAGUUAAGGAAGGUUUUUGGUAUCACCAUGCAGAACCAAAAUAUUUAAUGCUUGUAUAUUGGAUUCCUGAAAGUCCAAGCACUAUUCCUGCAAAUGCCACACACAGGGUGGGCAUUGGUGCAUUUGUCAUGAACGAAAAACAAGAGGUCCUAGUUGUUCAAGAAAAUAGUGGACAACUUCAGGGAACUGGAGUCUGGAAAUUUCCUACUGGAGUUGUUGAUCAGGGAGAAGAUAUUUGUGUAGCAGCAGUAAGAGAGGUCAAAGAAGAAACAGGAGUUGACUCUGAAUUUGUGGAAUUAUUAGCAUUCAGACAAAGUCAUAAAUCAUUCUUUGAGAAGUCAGAUAUAUUCUUUGUGUGCAAGUUGAGGCCCCUUUCUUCUGACAUCCAAAUGCAGAGAUUAGAGAUAGAUCGUGCACAGUGGAUGCCAUAUGAGGAAUAUGCAGCUCAGCCAUUUGUCCAAAAGCAGGAGCUUUUGAAGUAUAUAAAUGAUAUAUGUUUGGCAAAGAUUGAUGGACGAUAUUCUGGAUUUAUUCCUGUUUCUACAUCAUCAAACUCCUCUGAGUGGCAGAGUUACUUGUACUUGAAUGCUGCGGCCUUGAACAGGUCAAAUUCUUUAUAAGCAUCAUCAAAGGUUUACACAACUAGAAACGACAUUCUAUCUUAGUUACUUUGUAUUAUUUGAUUCAUGAUGUGAACAAUGCUGGUCUUCAUCAGGUAAAUUAUCGUAAUUUACCAAA